AAAAAAAAAAAGGAAAAACCUUCAGCAGAAAAAAUGUGAAAAAUUCAGCGUCAUCAAAUUUCGUCACCAGAGUAAUGAUUCUGAUUCCCAAUCGAUACAGUAGAGACGCAAAUGAUGAGAAUUGCUGUGAAAAGACUUGCCUCUUCUUCAUCAUCUUCAUGCCGUCGGAACAACACAGCAAUGGGGAAGGUUAUAGCCAGCAACAGUAAUUCCACAACAAUUUCACCUUUUCAUAUAUCAGAUUCAGUCAUUUCAGAUCAUCAGGCGCUCGUCCAUAAUCUUGAAACAUGCAAACUCUCUUCUAAUUUAAGAGCUGCAACUGGAACACACGGUAGAAUGAUUAAAAUUGGCUAUGGAAUGCAUCAAACUCUCAUAUCGUCUCUCAUAUCAGUAUACGUAUCUUGUGGUUGCUCCAAUCUUGUCAGUCAGCUUCUCAAAGAAAUUCACUGUUGGGACUUUGAUCUGAUCUCUGCCAAUGUGAUUAUUGCGGCUGUUAUGAAGAUGGGAGAAAUUGAUAUUGCCAAGAAGGUAUUUGAUGACAUGCCAAUCCGUGAUGUAGUCUCAUGGAACUCAAUGAUUGGCGGUUUUGUGAAAAAUGGACGUUUUGAGGAGGCUUUAAGGAUAUUCAAGAAGAUGUUGAGCUUAAAUAAUGAACCUGAUGCAUUUACUUUUGCAUCUGUUAUUAAAGGGUGUGCGCAACUAGGAGGCCGUGAUCGUGCUGAAUGGAUACAUGGUUUACUAAUUGAGAAGCAAAUUGCAAUAAAUUACAUAUUGGGUUCUGCACUUAUAGAUAUGUACUCAAAAUGUGGAAGAAUUGAAACUGCAAAAGAGAUUUUUGAAACUAUUCAGAGAAAUGACGUAUCUGUUUGGAAUGCUAUGAUUAAAGGUCUAGCAGUUCACGGGCUUGCUUUAGAUGCCAUUGCACUGUUCUCGCGUAUGGUGUUGGAAAAGGUUUCACCUGAUCGUAUAACCUUUGUCGGAAUUCUCACUGCCUGUAGCCAUUGUGGGUUGAUUGAACUGGGUUGCAAGUACUUUGAUUUGAUGAGUAGUUACGCAAUUCAGCCACAGCUUGCGCAUUAUGGAGCCAUGGUUGAUCUCUUGGGUAGAGCUGGCUGUAUAGAUGAAGCUUAUGCUAUAGUUCAAGAAAUGCCAAUGGAGCCUGAUGUUGUUAUCUGGAGGGCAUUUCUUAGUGCUUGUAGAACUCAGAAGAAUUCCGUCAUGGGCGAAGUUGCUAUUAAUAAAAUUGAAACACUUAAGAGUGAGGAUUAUGUUUUACUGUCAAAUAUUUAUUGUUCUGCAAACAAGUGGGAUAGUGCUGAGAGAGUGAGAGACACAAUGAAAAAGAAUGGAGUUCGUAAAAAUAGUGGAAAGAGUUGGAUUGAGAUGGCAGGUGUCAUUCAUCGAUUCAAAGCUGGAGAUCAAUCACACUUGGAAAGAGAGGCAAUAUACAAGGUGCUGGAAGGAUUGAUUCGGAUGACCAAAAUGGAGUGAUUUAUUCCUACAAAAGAGCUGGUAUUGAUGGAUGUUUCUGAUGAGGAAAAGGAGGAAAAUUUGAAUUACCACAGCGAGAAACUGGCAUUAGCAUAUGGGAUCUUGAAAAGUAGCCCUGGUACGGCGAUCCAGAUUACUAAAAACCUCCGGACUUGUCUUGACUGUCAUUGUUGGAUGAAAGUGGUUUCAAAGAUACUAUACAGGGUUAUAGUUGUGAGGGACUGGAUCCGUUUCCAUCGGUUUGAGGGUGGUGUAUGUACUUGUGGAGAUUAUUGGUAGCCAAAUUUGAGAUACUUUGAUAAAAUGAAGCACCUUAAUUUGACAUUUGGAAUGCUUACACUAAUCCUAUGCAACAAAGGCAAUAGGUUCAUCAUUGGAUUUUCGAAGGAGAUCUAGAUGUAAACAAAGUGAUAGAUUUCGGCUUCUGAACUGCAGUGAAUCUUUGUACUGCUGCAGUCGCAAGUUAUGAGCACUCAACAUUUAAUACUUGCAAAGUUAUUUUUCAGUGACCAAAUGCUAUCAUUUGGGUUUGGUACUGUGGUUAUAUAAGCAGAACCCAUGAUGCCAAAUACGGGGGAAUAGCACCUGCUGAAAUUAGAUCAUAAGCACAGUCGAGUAGGGACAAUAUUUUUGGCAUGAUUGGGAUUCAAGGGUGUUCAUCGUUGAAGCUAAUGCAGAUGGAACCAAAUGAAGCCACACAAGAUGCCCCAAGGAACCUCAAGGUUGCUAAUAACUGUGCUUUGUAUGGUUGAUCCUGAUAUGUGUUUGUGGUGUUGUUUCCUAGUUUUUUUUUUUGUAGAUAAUUGCUGAGCAUUCUAUCUUGACUCGGAAUUUCUUUCCCAUAGUCCCUUACUUCUUUCUAAACUAGAAGUUCUUGGAAAAUUUCCAGCUAAUGAGCAAGAAUAUAGUUUCCAUAGUUUUGUUCUACAUAUUGAUUAGAGUCAGAGUUGUAAAAUUGUUUGUAAAAGGCAUUCAGCAAGGUUUUACAUGUCCGUCGAAAGAGUUGCUUUCUGAAGAAGUUGAUUUUUUACAUGUUGUGAAAUAUAUAUUUCGUGGAGAAAAUCCUACACAUCUCUAUUACGUUUAAUGUGCAUCACAGUGUGUGUGUGUGUUUCUAUACCAGCAAUCCUCAGCCUUACUACACUGACUUAUUUAGUCCAUCCUGCCUAUCAAAACUUAUCCCGUGUGGUGUGUAAACCGUGCUUGAGGAUUUCAUCCUUAAAGGGUAAACUGGUUAGCUUCCCAUUUUUGAUGUCAUGAAUGAUCAUUGGUCAUUAGCAUCUGCAGUUCAAAGUGUUUGAUCAGCAAGCCACCCUAUAGUGUUUGCAAAUGGUUGUUCACAUUAUUAAGACAGCUCCAAUUCAGAGCUAGUUUUCUUCAAUCAGGUUAUGACAGGGUAGUGUACCGUUAGUAGUGAUCAUCGUAUGGUGUUUCAGAUCAUAUUGUGGGUUGUCUGAAUACUAUUCCAUAUGUAAUUGAUGUUGAGGGUUGUGCUUCUAGCAUGCUCUGGGACAUAGUGGCUGUAGUGUUGGACCUCCCAGCAGGUGGUGCCAGCAAAGAAACCAUACACGUCUGGGUAAUGCUACGAGCACAAAAAUUUACCCCCCUGGUGAUGCCAUCACUGUGCAUUGUGAAAGUGAAAAUGGAUUAACCCCACCACAAUAUUGAUCCAGAGUCACAGGAUACCUGAAGAUAGCUAAAAUGUCUGCAGCUCCUUUCGUUUCCCGGAGCUUCUACUUAGAACAUACUGAAAUCUUUCCAAUUUAGCUGAUAAAUUUGAAUAGCUGAUACAACCCUCCAACAAUAUAUGCGUGGCUGAUCAACAUAAGGCUAACACAUUAUAUUUGUCUAUGGUUUUACUUUGAAUCUCAACAAUAUAAUACCUAUUAAUGGUCUAGUACAGCAUGAGGCAGGUGAAAUAUUGCCUGACAGAAAUUUAUGAAUGAAGGUGCAUGAUUAGUUCUACAGGGACUUCCCAAGUAAUAGUGCUCUAAUUAGCUGUCUUGUACGGGAACUAAUGGUAGUUUGCCUCCAUAAAUCUCCGGAAGCUGACUCUCAUCGAUAUCUUCUAGCAGAGUUGAUUUCAUUUUCUUGUUUUCGACAAAUAUGAUCU